UUUGUAUCAAAAACUAAAAUCUCUGAAAAAAAUAUUAAACAACAAUGAGAAUAAAUAUAAGAGAGCCUAUGGGGUAUUGGUCUGUCAUAUACACUUAGAGGAAAAGUAUCAAACUUUGUCUUGGAAAAUAAUCUGACAACUUUGUGGUGUGGUUUUGUUGUUUGCAGAGAGGAAAAAAAAUGCCGUUGAAGUUGUUGGAGGCAACAGUGUCGAGUUUUGAUGGUGUUUUUGAGAAGUUCCGAUCAGAGGCUGCAGAAAACAAGGCAAAUCUCAUCCUUUUCUUGGCUGACAAAGACCCUGUUACUUCUCUCAGCUGGUGCCCUGAUUGUGUGAGAGCAGAACCUAUGAUCUACAAGAAGCUGGAGGCGUCAUAUGAUGACAUUGCACUUUUGAAAGCUUAUGUUGGAGAUAGACCAACAUGGAGGAACCCCAAGCAUCCAUGGAAGGUGGAACCUAGGUUCAAGCUCACUGGGGUGCCAACAUUGAUCCGUUGGGAAAAUGACACGGUCAAAGGUCGCCUAGAAGAUCACGAAGCUCAUCUAGAAAACAAAAUUGAAACUCUUGUUGAAAAGUGACAAACGAUUCCCGGUGCAUGGUUUAAGUUGGUAUAUUGCAUAUAGUUUAAACCAUGUGUGCUGUGUACUCAUAUCAGCAAUUUAUCCCCUCAUACUUUAUAAGUUUGCUGCUAAAGCAUAUAAUAAAUUGAGUGAAGUCCGUAUGUUAGAGACAACUAUACAUAUAUCUGUCUUUUCUUACUUUGUACAGAGGGAAUAAAUAGCACUGAUUGACUGUUAUACCGCUC